AUGGAGGUUCAAGACUGGAUUGAAUCAUCUAUACGAGCGUUCUUCUGCUUGACUGGUAUUACAGGAAACUUCUGGCUGGGUUUGCGCUCUCUGCCCAAAUCCAGAUCUCAACUGCGGCCCAAUGACAUUCUCUUCAUUAACCUGGCCGUGUCCAAUCUCAUCACAAACUGUCUGGUGGAUCUGCCGGACACUUUGGCACAGUUUGUGAACAGCUGGUUCAUGGGUAAAAAUUACUGUGGCGUGCUCCAGUUUUCGUCCGAUCUCUCAGAGACCAGCAGCAUCUUCUCCACCAUGUUCAUCAGCAUGUAUUGGCACCAGAAACUAGUGGGUUCCAUCAGACGUGGAGGAGCUCCGGUGCAGAUGGACAACCUGCGGCUUGUCGUCAUAUUGCUCGCUGGGAGCUGGAUCGUGGCACUGAAUGUUCAGCGUUCCCCACUUUUUUAUCGCAGAACAUGA